GGGCGUCGCUUUUAUCUAAACGUCAAAUUUUCUGUAGCGAAUAAACGAAAAUUUUUCGUCGAUUGUAAUUAUUAUCAGUUGAUGGGAUUAUUUUGUUUUCGCUGAUUAAUAUCGUGUUGCGAAUCAAAUUGGUUCAGAAAAUAAGAGUAUUUGAACCUCAGUGACUCCUGCAUACGCUGGCCGUUGGGUGUGCACGAAUGCCAUGUCCUCAUCGGAGGAUCGUGACGAUGGGCCGGACAGUGGUGGUGGAGCAGAGGAUUCUGAUGACGUUAGGAUCAAAGAAGAACCAUCCGAUGAGGCGAUGGAUGUCGAGUCACCUCCCUCACUGGGACCCGCAGCUCUUGGACUGCAUCCCGUGGGAAUGAAACUGCCUACGAGAACGACACCCAGCCAACCGCUGCAGGCGCUGAAUGCUCGUGGAAUGCCCGCCCGUAUUCGUAAAAAGAACAAACUGUUUUUCGACGAAGAACUGCUGAUCAACGAUAAGAUUCCACCGAAGGGUAGCCCCCGUAAGGUAGGCGGCGGAACCGGUUCCGCAUCGGCUUCCCCACAGAAAGGAAUGGUAACGCCAACAAAAAGCACUCCACGCUCGGCACAGAAGAAAAAGUUGCAAUCACGGUACGAUAAGCUGAAGGACAGUCUGAAGAAGCGCAAAGAUGACCCGGACGAAGAAGGGGCGGUGAUGCGCGUAAUCAAUCCGAUUGCACUGCUCGAUAAGAAAGCUAGUCAGCGGAUUGGACUGCGGCUGCGAAAUCUGCUGAAGCUUCCCAAAGCGCACAAAUUCGUUAGCUACGAGUGGUUCUACAGCAACAUCGAUCGGUCGCUGUUCGAUGGAGAGAACGAUUUUCAGUCAUGUGUUCGCGAGAUGUAUCCAGAUCUCAAGACGCGGUUUCUUACUAGGGCUGAAUGGAAUAAAAUUCGACGCACAAUGGGAAAACCGCGCAGGUGCUCCGCAGCUUUCUUCGAAGAAGAAAGGCGAGAGUUGGAGCGCAAGCGGCAAAAAAUUCGUCUGCUGCAAGCGAAGCGCUCCGGAGAUGUCUCUUUCAUACGUGAUCUUCCUAGGGAAAUUCCUCAGCCACUGUCGGUCGGCACGAAGGUGACGGCUCGGUUGCGUGCCCCACAGGACGGAUUGUUCACCGGGACGGUCGAUGCAAUUGACGUAAUGUCCAGCUCGUAUCGCAUCAGCUUUGAUCGACCGGGCUUGGGCUCGCACACCAUUCCGGACUUCGAGGUGGUGGCCAACGACAACCCAGAGAAGAUUGCCCUCAGUGCCAUCACGAAAGAUUUUCGCCCGAAGUAUCAGAACGCUUCCUUCUAUGUGGCAUCGCCGGCCGUCAAAAACCCUAUUACGGGGAUUAAAGGUGAUCCCCUACUAGGAGGGGACAGCUAUCCGAAGGUUCCCGGUAUGUCCGACAGCAAAAUGCUUUUCCCGAAGGACAACAUUGGGGGAUUUUCUGUUAAACUGUUGGAACUUAUAGUUCGAACGAAGAAAACGUUGUCAGCAAAGCAAAUGAAGCUCCUGCGGCUGCAGAAUAUGAACUCGGAAGCUGAGAUCUACAAAUCGUACGGAGAUCCAUUUCCGGAGGAGUUUCAGAAGCGCUACGCCUCCCUGGUGGUGGCAAUGGAAAAGCUGAAUCGUGACAUUCACGAUCAGCUGAACCAGCUGCAGGUGAGCUGCAAAUCUUUGACGCAAGACCCGGGCGUGAUUGCGAUGAUUGCACCGAGCCACCUGCGGGAGCAGUGCCGCGAGCAGGCAGAGGAAACGUUCGACAAGAAUAACAACGGUCAGCUCACCAACGAUGGGAUGAUCAAGCUGAUCAAGGACCUUACCACCAUCAUGUACGUGGCUUCAAACCUAGGGGCGGAUGAUGGCAAUCAGACCGAGCACUGUCUGGAGGUAUUGCGCGGCUGCCUGGAGGAAACGAAGGGCCGGCUGGAUUUUGAAAACAUGGCCUCCUUCCAGCGGGGCGUUCAUCAGCACAUUCGACAUAUACAGGCCGGAUUCGCGGCAGCCCACCGGCUGAAGAUGGAGGAGAAAAUAAAAAAGGAAUCGCUGAAUUCGGCCAUCGUUGGGCCGUGAGUCGGUAUUGGCGGUACGAGUUUUAUUUUUUCUGCGUUGUAACAUUUUGGUUUUUCCAAAUUUAACCUCUAGUUCUAGUAGAUGAUGAGUUUAUAUUCGAGAUGAGUGGAGUGGAUUUAAUAAAUAUAAAAUCGAA